UCCGUGCUGACGCAGGCCAGCAAAAAUACUAUGAUUGUUCAUAGAGGGGAGCUUCCCCUUAACUGCGAGCCAUUUUAUUUUGAGUGCUCGCAUCAAAACAAAAAAAUGUCUUCCAGCGGCGCACUCGCCAGCUGCUACGCGGACGCGGUUCUGGGUCCGGACGCGGAGGACGUGUACGGCGCCCGCUUCAUGCAGCCACCCCCGCACACGAUGGCCCCAACCAGGCCGCCAGGCGCCGGCGAUCACCACGCCGAUUUCUCUUCUUGCAACUUCGCCCCCAAAUCCGCCGUCUUUCCUGCGUCGUGGCCGCCCGUUCAUCCGCCGGGGCUCUACCACCACCACCCUUACGCCCACCAAUCGGACCCGAGAUGCGUUGGGGCGCGACCCUGGAUGGACCCAGUCCCCGACCUCGUCCCCCGCUUCGCCGGGUUCCCCCCAGGCCGACGCGCGCCGUGCGCCCCGAAGCCGGAGCUCUCGCCGGCGAAGAUCCGCGACACCAAGCCGGGCCAGGAGACUCGAAGUCGGGCUUUUGCCGAGGACCUCCCCGAUGGUCCGGAAAGGGCGCAGAGUGGAAGUGAGCUUUCCAACCACAGCGAGCCCAAAGAGGAGAAACAAGUUGACCCAAGCAACCCGGCAGCAAACUGGAUCCACGCGCGGUCCAGUCGGAAAAAGCGCUGCCCCUACACCAAAUAUCAGACUCUGGAGCUGGAGAAGGAGUUCUUGUACAAUAUGUACCUAAGUCGAGACCGCCGCUACGAGGUGGCCCGCAUCCUGAGCCUCAGCGAGCGGCAAGUCAAAAUUUGGUUCCAGAACCGCAGGAUGAAAAUGAAGAAGAUGAACCGAGAAAGAGGCGGAAAGGAGCAGCUCUGAUUGCACUGAGGACGACUUUGACUUUUUUUUGGAAGCACUAUUUUGGUUUAAUUUGGAAGCACCCUGAGAAACAUUGUGGAUCACGUUGCAAGUGAAACCGUUAUUUUCUCACUUAUUUUAUUAUUUUAUUUUUUUUGUAACUGGAUUAGGUGACAAAAAGGGAAGCGAGAGAGAGAAAGAGAGUGUGCGUGUGUGUGUGUGUGUGUGUGCAUGUGUGUGUGUUGCUUUUAAUUGUUGAAUAUAAAAACUUUUCACUGUU